UGUUGUUCAGCGCGUGCCCGGGUCGCAGACUUGGAUCAGGAAGUGUGUGUGUGGCACUAAAACCGUGAAAUCUGGGCGGAAUGGACUCUGGACCCCCGAACCAGCAGGGUUUGGACUUCUCUGAUUGUGGUCGGUCCAGCCACUGAGCCCAGUAGGAAUGUCCUACUGGUCCGUCGGCCUUUCCCAGGAUCCUGGAGAGACUCCCAGCAACAUGGAGCAAAGCAGCAGCAGCGUGGAGGAAAUGGGGGCCAAGGCGUCGCUGGUGGAGCCCGACGCUGACCCGGCUCCUGCUCCCGCUCCCACUCUGGAGAACAUCAAGGCGGCGUAUGAGGGUGGAGAUGAGGAGGCUGCCAGGGAGCUGAUCAAACAGGCCUGCUGUGUGGAGUGUUGCAGAGGAAUCCACACGGAUGGGGUCCGGCUGCUCUGUGUGGCCACUCAGCACAACGAUGUGGAGAGUGUGUGUUACCUCCUGAAAGAAUCCCGGAUCAGUAUGCCUCAGGAGCCAUCUAACCAGAACCCAGGGGUCCUAGCGGCCCAGCUCGGCCACACCUGUCUGGUCAGAGAGCUGCUGGACUCCAUACCUGCUCCCACUCUGAGGAGAGACUUCCUGAACUGCAUGCUGGCCACCUCCUGCCAGCAGGGUCACCUGGACGUGGUCCGUCUACUCGUCCACGACUACGAAGCUGACGUCAAGGACUUUGCCAUCCACUGUGAUGACUUUGCUGUCAUCAACGGACUACCGUUGUAUGCUGCUGCACAAGCAAGUAAUGUGGAGAUUGCUCACUUCCUGCUUCAGAGCGGUGCAGGAUUCUCCUCCUACACCCUGAUGGAUUUUCCAGACUUCAGCAAACGUCUCCUCCGACUCAAGUUACAGGAACACUGCGGUGAAAACACAGAUGAGGCAGUCAGUGUGUGUUGGAGUAGUCUGCAGCUGCCCUGGUUGGACCUGGACUGGUUCAUGGACGUCUCCUCACGGAUCACCCACCUGGACCUGUCAUCCAACAGCCUGACAACUCUGCCUUCCGUGGUUCCCUGGGGUCUCAUCCACCUGAAGACUCUGGACCUUCAAGACAACGCUCUGAAGGAGAUGCCCAUCGCUCUGAACUCCCAGGACGUAAUCAGCUCCAGUUUGCAGCAAGUGAAUCUUUCUCAGAACCAGCUGAAAAGUUUGCCAACUGGGCUUCUCCACCUGACCCGCAUCCAGAAACUUUCUGCAGCCCGGAACCAGCUCUCGGUCCUGUUCGACCUUCCUGACAAUGUGAACUGGAUUGGUCUGCGUAAGCUGGAGGAGCUGGACGUGUCCGAUAACUGUCUGACUAGUCUACCCACAGCUGUCAUGCACUGUCUGAAGUCGCUACGCUCGCUGGAUGUGUGCAGGAACAAACUGAGCUUGUUUCCUGAUCCAUGGGCCUGUCCACUGAAACAGUGCAAGGCUUCCUCCAAUGUAAUUGAGACUCUUCCAAACACCAUCUCCAUCUUCUGGAGGACUCACCUGCAGGAGGUGGACUUCGCUGACAACAUGCUGAAGGAGCUCCCCUCAUACAUCUUUGAGCUGGAGGUCAUCUCCUCCCUGAGACUCAGUGGGAAUCUCAUCACAGCGCUCCCUGCUCCCAAUAAGUGGAAGUGUUCCCAGCUCAGAUUCCUCGAUCUGUCCAGGAACCAGCUGGGAAAAACCGAUGAGGGACCCAAGACCAGGAGACUGGCCUUCCUGACUACAUGGAACAGGAGGGACCCAGAUCCAGUGAGUCCCAUCGACUUCCCCACCAUCCUGAAAGAUUCCCUGGAAGUUCUGCACCUGAACAACAACCAGCUGGACUGUGUUCCUCAGUCAGUGUGUGGUCUGCUCAGCCUGACCGAGCUCUACCUGUCCAGUAAUCCUGGAAUCCGGGAGCUUCCGCCGGAGCUCGGUCAACUCUCCAACCUGUGGCAGCUGGACAUGGAGGAGCUGAACAUAACGAACGUCCCUCCGGCCGUCAGAAACGAAGGUGCUGCUUCUGUCCUCGCCUUUCUCCGGGCUCACCUCCGAAAAGCAGAACCCUGUAAGCAGCUGAAGAUGCUUGUGAUUGGUCCGCCGAGGCAGGGGAAGACGGCGCUGGUGGAGGCUCUGCUGACCGGGAAGGCAUCGCCCUUCACCCUCGCAGAGUGCAGCAUCUCCACCUUCCCCUGGGAGCUGGACAAACCCAACACCAGCAAAAACAAUAAGGACUCGGUGGUGUUCAACGUGUGGGACGUGGGUGGUCCGGCCAGCAUGACCACCGUCAACCAGUGUUUCUUCACUGAUAAGGCUCUCUAUGUGGUUAUCUGGAACCUGGCACUGGGAGAGGAGGCGGUGGCCAACCUGCAGACAUGGCUGCUCAACAUAGAGGCGCGAGCACCGAACUCUGCCGUGGUGGUCGUGGGAACACAUCUGGACCUGAUUGACACCAAGUUUCGUACCGAGAGGCUGGCCACGCUGAGAGCUUAUGUCCUGGCUCUGUGCCGAUCUCCGUCAGGAGCUCGAGCCAUCGGCUACCCCGACAUCACCUGCAAACACCUGCAUGAGGUGUCCUGUAAGACCUUGGAGGGUUUAGAUGGUCUGAAGAUGCUGAUCUACCGCGUGGCUCUCUCCAUGAAGGACAGCAGCAGCAGCUCAGCCUGUGGGAGCAAACUACUGGGCAGACUGAUUCCCAAGAGCUACUUGGUUCUUCAGGAGGCGGUGAUAGCAGAGAAGAAGAGGAGAGAGGCUGAGGGAGAGGUCCAGUACCUCACCGAUACCCAGCUCAACAGCAUCAUUGAGCAGAAUCCAGGGAGUGACAUCAGAGACUACCAGGACCUGCAGACUGCCAUCAGUUUCCUGAUAGAAACGGGAACGCUGCUUCACUUCCCGGACACCAGCCACGGCCUGUGUAUGCUCUACUUUCUGUGUCCCGUGUGGCUGUCGGACUGCCUGGAGAGCAUCGUCAACCUCAAGCCUUCCCGCUCCAUGGCCAGGAACGGGGUGAUCCAAGCUGAGGAGCUCAGGGCGUUGCUGGUGGGAACCGGUUUCACCCAACAGACAGAGGAACAGUAUUUCCAGUUCCUGGCCAAGUUCGAGAUCGCCCUGCCGGUGGCCGACAGCAGCUACCUGCUGCCUCACCUGCUUCCUCCAAAGCCGGCCAUGGACAUCCACCGCUUCCACCAGCAGACCAGCAGCACCCUGCAGCGCCUCUUUAAGAUGAGCUUCGUUCCAGCAGGGUUUUGGGAGCGCUUCAUCGCCAGGAUGCUGAUCAGCCUCAAAGAAAUGGACCUGCAGUCAUUUGAUCCUCCCAGGAGAAACCCACGGAGCCAGAAUAGAAGCAACUCCAUCAUCUACAGUUUUGCUGGAAGCCAGCAGAGGAACCGCUGCAGCACCUUCAGAGUCCGGCGUAGUCAGACCAUCUACUGGAAGGAGGGCCUGCUGGUCACGUUUGAUGGAGGCUACCUCAGCGUGGAGUCGUUCAGCGUGAACUGGAAGAAGACGAAGAGCGGCGGCAUCAGGAUCAUCUGUGAGUCAGAGAGCAGAGAUUUCUCCGCCAUGGCCUUCAUUACCGACCACGUCAACGCUCUGAUUGAGCAGUGGUUUCCCGCUCUGACAGCCAGUGAGAGUGAUGGGAGUCUCCUCAUCGAACAGUACGUUCCCUGCUCUCUCUGUUCCUGCCGGGCCCAGCAGAAGCAGCUGAAGGUCCUGACGUCCAGUCCUAGUCGGGUCGCAGAGGGAGGACGACCUGGAGAGGACAGCAGGGGAGGAGGAGGAGGAGGAGGAGAGGACGGCAGAGGAGGAGGAGGACCUGGAGAGGACGGCAGAGGAGGAGGAGGAGGAGGAAGACCUGGAGAGGACGGCAGAGGAGGAGAGGUUCAUUACUUCAACAUGGAGGACUGUGUUCUGGCGGCUGUGGAGACGGAUCACAUCAAUUGUCCUCAGCAUCCAGAUCAGCCAGUUCCGCUGCAAGAACUGGUCCCAGAACUCUUCAUGACAGACUUUCCUGCACGGCUCUUCCUGGAGAAAGCUCGGCUGGAUUACUGUGAGGAAGAGAGCAACAUCCUGGGACAGGGUGGCAGUGGGACCAUCAUCUACAGAGCCACAUAUCGGGGACAACCAGUCGCUGUCAAACGCUUCCACGUGAAGAAAUGUCGACACCACACACUCACUAAUGAGACAGACACCAUGGUGAAACACCUGCAGUCUGCUAAUGCAUGUCGGAGCUUCUCAGAGUUUCGCCAGGAGGCCAGCAUGCUGCACUCCCUGCAGCAUCCCUGCAUUGUGUCUCUGGUGGGCAUCAGCAUCCACCCGCUGUGCUUCGCCCUGCAGCUGGCGCCCCUCGGCAGCCUCAAUACCGUGCUGGAGGAGAGGCACAAAAAAAGCUCCAGGUUUGUGCCUUUGGGACACAUGCUGACCUUCAAGAUAGCCUAUCAGAUUGCAGCAGGACUGGCGUACCUUCACAGGAAGAACAUCAUCUUCUGUGACCUGAAGUCUGACAACAUCCUGGUGUGGUCUUUGCAGGUCCACGACCCCGUCAACAUCAAGCUCUCCGACUAUGGCAUCUCUCGACAAUCCUUUCACGAGGGGGCGCUGGGAGUGGAGGGCACACCCGGGUAUCAGGCUCCGGAGGUCCGACCAGGAAUUGUAUAUGAUGAGAAGGUGGACAUGUUCUCCUAUGGUAUGGUGCUGUACGAGCUGCUGUCUGGGAGGAGGCCAGCUCUGGGACAACACCAGCUCCAGAUAGCAAAGAAGCUCUCCAAAGGUGUUCGACCGGUUCUGGGCAGUCUAGAGCAGGUUCAGUUCUACAGCCUCCACAACCUGCUCACAGAGUGCUGGGACACCAAACCAGAAAAGAGGCCGGUGGCGACACAGUGUGUGAGGCAGAUGCAGGAGCCCAGCUUCCCCUGCCUCCGGUACCUGAUGUCCUGUGAUGACCACGCUCAGCUCUUCCUGUCGCAGCUCCAGGGAUCCAGCGCCGUCUUCUGGGACGGAGACGGGGAGGACAGGAACUAUAGUGUUGUGAAUGUGGAGAAGGGCCAGGUGGAGGUGAAGAGGAUGUCAUGUCCCGGCAGCCGGAUCAGCUGCCAGAUGAAGAUGCCUAACUCCCUGUGGAUGGCCACGGAGGAGCAGGAGGUGUUCAUCUACAGUCUGAAGGACAUGUGUCCGCUCAGUCAACCCCAGAAACACUUCUCCUGUCCAGCCGUCAUCACCUGCCUGUUCCACGUUCCAGGAAGAGAGCAGAACCUGGACCGAGUGUUUGCGGGAAUGUCGGACGGCCUGGUGGUGGUCUACAGUGUGGUGGAGGAGCUUCCUGUGGAGGGGGAGACCUACCUGUGUUCACAUACACUAAACAAGACCAUGUUCGGGCUGAAGGACUCGGACCCGAGGCAGAGACCCUACCCGGUCAGGAGCAUGGCUCUGGUCAGCAGUGGCUCUCAGCUAUGGUUCUCCAACGGUCCCGGUGUGCUCGUCAUCGACUCUCUAAGUCUGGAUCCAGUACGACGGCUAGAUCCCUACAGGCCGCCGUCCUCCAUCGUAUCCAUGGUAGCCAGUUUCAGUCUGUGGGGAGAAGAGGCGGUGUGGACGCUGGACGACAGCAACACUCUGCUACUCUUCCACGCCGCAUCCUUCGAGCUCUGUGCCACGUACAGCUGUGGGGACAGCAGUCCUCUACGGGACGUCUUCACUGUCCAGCGUCCUCCAGGCGUCUCCAUGGUGGGAGGAGGCGAUGCCAACACUGCAGAACACAUAGAGGAGCAGGAAUGGACUAAUGGAGAGGUGACAGUGGUUUACAGCGAGGAGGCAGGGACUCAGAUCAUCCAGCACCAGGACUCACUGACGGACUACUGCUCCAUGUCCUCCAGCUGCUCCCUGGAACCGGCCGAGUCUGACUCUUCCAGCACCAGAGACCGCAGCUGCAGCUUCCUGCCGUUCGCUGCAGAUCAGGAGGAGGCAGGCAGGAACCAGGACCAGGAGAAACCUACCAGUCCUGAGUCAGAUUCAGACUCUGCAGGGAAGACAAAGCCCACAUCACCUCAGCUGCAAGCCUUCACUCUGCUGCUGGUCAGCGGGACUCUGUGGAUCCCCAGGCGAGGAGGUGAUGUCAUGAUCAUCGAAGUGAAGUCACAUGCUGAUCAGCUGAGGGGGCGUGUCAUCACUGUGCUCAGCCCACCUGGUUGUUCGUCUCUGGGGACCCUGGAGGAGGCAGCUCUGGUGGCCAAAGACACGGUUGUAUGUGGCUUCCGGAAGGAAAACACAGAGUGGUGCCUGGUUGUCUGGAGGGCCUGGGGCUGCUCCGACCUGGAAGUCUUCUACCAGUCCUACGAGGAGCUGGGCUGCUUGGAGACCAGCAUGAGGAGAAGAAGGUAGCUGUUGUCCUGCGACGGCAUGGAGGGCGAGCCGGGGGGGAUGUCACUAACAGACCGUCAGUGUUCAGAGCAGGAGGCGGAAAACUCUGAUAUCACAGGAGGGAGAUGGCCGCUCCCACCACUGCUCCCACCACUACCAGUAUGUCAGGACUGGGAGAUUAAAUCCACUGAACCUGUAAUGAUGCUGAUAAACAAACAGCAGCUGGAUCUUCCUCUCUGAUCUGCUCCAUGAAUCCGCUCGGCUGUCCACAUCCAGCUAGCAUCUGUUUCAUGCAACACAAACCUUAUUUUUUUUUUUUCACUUCAGAUUAUUUGUAUCGUCAGUUCACAACAAAGUCAUCUCAGACAGACACAAUCAGUUUAAGCAGUUCACUGUGAUCCAGUUAAAACACAUCAGUCCAGUUUAGAAUAACCAUGUUCACCUGGGUAAGGAAACCACGGAGUCUUCUCUUGAUUCAGUCCUCCAGCCUGAGCUGCACUAGGAGACCGUGGAAAGGAAAACCUCCACCAGAACCAAAACCAGGAAUAAAAACCUCCACCAGAGCCA